UUUCUUUACCUAUCUCUGGGUUGAAGAAUAUCUUGACGAAUCAGAACCUUACAGCUCAAGCCAUGAGUACAUCUCAGGGAAACCUGGCUUCGAAUCUUGCAUCAAAGGUUGCCUCACCGCGGGACAUUGUAAAUAUAGAGGAUAGACCUGAUCAUCUUCUUGUUCUUGUACAUGGUAUCUUGGCAAGCCCAAGUGAUUGGACGUAUUUUGACACAGAGUUGAAGAGACGAGUAGGAAAGAAGUUUUUGAUUUAUGCUAGUUCAUGUAACAUGUACACUAAGACUUUCACGGGGAUUGAUGGUGCUGGAAAACGACUUGCCGAUGAAGUCAUUCAGGUUGUGAAAAAGACAGAGGGACUAAAGAAGAUAUCCUUUCUGGCCCAUUCACUUGGUGGACUAUUCGCAAGAUAUGCAAUCGCUGUUCUGUACACUCCCGGUGAUGUAAUUGGGACUCAGGCUUCGGCAUUCCAAUCCUCGGGCUCUUCAAAUAAAGGUUUGAUUGCCGGGAUGGAGGCGAUUAACUUUAUCACCCUGGCAACUCCUCAUCUUGGAGUGAGAGGAAAUAGGCAGCUUCCAUUCCUUCUUGGUGUACCUUUCUUGGAGAAACUUGCUGCUCCUAUUGCCCCUAUUUUUACUGGCCGAACUGGGAGUCAGCUCUUCCUCACAGAUGGAAAACCCAGUAAACCCCCUCUUUUAUUGAGAAUGGCAUCAGAUUGUGAAGAAGGAAAAUUUAUAUCAGCACUCGGUGCUUUCAGAUGCCGAGUCCUUUAUGCUAAUGUCUCCUAUGACCAUAUGGUUGGUUGGCGCACAUCAUCCAUACGAAGAGAAAAGGAGCUUUUCAAGCCUCCUAGGCGAUCUUUGGAUGGCUACAAACACGUUGUUGAUGUGGAGUACUGCCCUCCCGUUUUAUAUGAGGCUCCACAUUUCCCACCAGAAGCAGCGAAAGCAAAGGAGGCUGCUAAAAACAAACCCAGCGUACAAAACACAGUAGACUAUCACGAGAUCAUGGAAGAGGAGAUGAUCCAUGGUUUGCAGCGACUAGGGUGGAAGAAAGUUGAUGUCAGCUUUCACUCAUCAUUCUGGCCCUUCUUUGCUCAUAAUAACAUCCAUGUGAAAAACGAGUGGUUUCACAACGCUGGAGCUGGAGUGGUGGCUCAUGUUGCAGACACCAUUAAGCAACAGGAUAUGCUACAGGAAACCUCCUCUACGUUCAUUGCUGCUAAUUUGUAGCUCUACAAUCGCAAUAUGCUUCGAUAAUAUACUAUACUAACUUGUAUAUCUUCUCUCAAUAUUUGUUAGAACGACAUUCUAUGUAGUAGUAGUAUACAAAGAUGAGUGACAGGUAUACUAAGUUUUUUUAAGAUCUUCAUAGUUUUAUUUCA